AUGUUGCAGUUCAUAUUGUUGACUCUAUUUUUCAUUGGGCCUAGCGCUGCAAGCCCAUUAACCGGCCGUGUGAUUGCUGGACAGGAAGCCAGACCACACAGCUGGCCAUGGCAGGCCUCUCUGCAGUUUGCUUAUGAAUCUGACCCAAACUACUUCCAACAUUUGUGUGGUGGAACCCUCAUUUCUGCAAACUGGGUCAUGACUGCUGCACAUUGUAUUCUCACCAUACCAGGAAGAUUUGCUGUUGUUCUUGGAGAGCAUGACCUGGAGAACAAAGGCAAUGAAUAUUUGAGACAUGUUCAAUUGAUCAUCAUGCAUCCUCUAUGGAACCCCAAUUCUCUUGCAAAUGGAAAUGACAUUGCCCUACUGCGUUUGAAACAACCUGCAAGUGGUACUCCUGAUGUAGAAAUAGCAAUCUUACCAAGCUUUGGUUACAUUCUACCCAAUGGAUAUCCUUGUUACAUUACUGGAUGGGGAUUAACUCAACCUUUUGGUGUUCCAUCUCCCACACUGCAGCAAGCUCUGCUCCACGUGGUGGACUACAAGACAUGCUCGUCUCCGUACUGGUGGUCAAACACAGUCACUGAAGAUAUGAUCUGUGCUGGGGGUGAUGGUGUGACUGCUGGAUGUCAGGGAGAUUCUGGUGGCCCUCUGAACUGUCAGGGUAGUGAUGGAGCUUGGAUUGUCCAUGGUGUCGUAAGCUUUGGACCAGUCUCCUGUGUUAUGGAGAGGUAUCCUACAGUUUUUACUCGAGUAUCAGCAUUCCAAAACUGGAUAUUCCAGACCAUGCAACAAAAUGGUGGAAUGUAAGAUAAUUCCAAAGUAUCAUCAAUGGAAUGAGGCCAAGCAGAAACAUUCACCUGCUGUGUCUUAAAUAAAAAUGGGC